AUGAAAGAUUAUUAAAUAUAAGAAAAUUAAUUGUAAUAAUAAUAAUAAUAAUAAUAAUAAUAAUAAUAAUAAUAAUUAUAACAAUCAUAAUAAUCAUAAUAAUUAUAACAAUCAUAAUAAUCAUAAUAAUCAUAAUUAUAAAUAUAAUUAUAAUAAUAUAAUAAUAACGAUAGUUAAAUAUUAACUGUAAUUACUAACUAAAAUUUAAAAAGAGAGUAUCGAUAAGCUUAUUAGUUUAAAAGUGGAGCUAUUUAUUCUGGCGAAUGGAUAGAUAAUCAAAGAGAUGGAUUUGGAAUUCAAACAUGGGCUGACGGAGCUAGAUAUGAAGGUGAAUGGAAAGAAAAUAAAGCUAAUGGUAAAGGAAAAUUUUGGCAUGUUGAUGGCGAUAUUUUCGAAGGAUAAUGGUUUGAUGAUAAGGCUAAUGGAUAUGGAACUUAUAUACAUGUUAAUGGUGCUACUUAUGAAGGUGAAUGGAAAGAUGAUCUUUAACAUGGUUAUGGAGUUGAAAUAUGGGCUGAUGGAUCUAAAUAUGAAGGUUAUUAUAAGGAUGGGAAAAAAAUGGGAAUGGUACUUAUAUUUGGAGUGAUUCUUCUAAAUAUGUUGGAAAUUGGGAAGAUAAUAGAAUAUCUGGUUAUGGUUCUUAUACAUGGUUAGAUGGAAGAAAAUAUGAAGGAAAUUGGCUAAAUAAUAAUAUGCAUGGAAAAGGCUUUUAUACUUGGAAAGAUGGAAGAAAAUAUGAGGGGGAAUAUUAAUAUGAUAAAAAACAUGGUUUUGGUAUUUAUUCGUGGGCUGAUGGAAGAAAAUAUGAAGGCUUUUGGGCUUAUGGAAGAUAACACGGAAAAGGUAAAUACAUUCUACCAGAUGGAUCUAUUAAAAUAGGUCUUUGGGAAGAUAGUAAAAGAGUUAAAUGGCUUGAAAAUGAAACUGAUUUAGAUAUAAAGUAAUUAUGUUAAUAGAGUAAUAUUAUAUAAUAAGAAAUUAAAAUUAAAUAAUAAUAAUGAAAAUUAAAUAAAUGAAUAUAUAUGUGUUUUUAUUAUAUUUUAUUUUAAAACUUAAUUAUAAUAUAAAAAUAGGCGGUAUUAAGAUUUUUUUUUUUUUUUUUUUUUAUGA